GAGCCUUGAGUUCUCCGACGCAUGGCCACAAGCUCGCUUUGUCUCAUGGGCGGUCGUCGCACGAAGACUUCGUUCUUCUCCGGCUUAUGCUCGUCGGCACUCCGGCGAAAGUCCUUGCCGGGGGAUGAUAGAUCCGUACCGCCUCUCCAUGGGGAGGGUCUGGUACGCCGCCUUGGCGCCUUUGAGCUCAUCCUGAUCGGGAUUGGCGCCUCUAUCGGUGCUGGAAUCUUCGUCGUCACUGGUACUGUUGCUCGAGACGCUGGACCCGGUGUCACCAUAAGUUUUAUACUUGCUGGAGCUGCGUGUGUGCUCAAUGCUCUCUGCUAUGCCGAGCUAUCAUCACGCUUCCCGGCAGUUGUUGGUGGAGCAUACUUGUACUCGUACACCGCAUUUAAUGAGCUUACUGCUUUCCUUGUUUUUGUGCAACUUAUGCUGGAUUACCAUAUUGGCGCUGCGAGCAUUGCACGGAGCUUGGCUAACUAUGUCGUGUCAUUUUUGGAGCUCUUUCCCUUCUUAAAGGCCCACAUGCCAAGCUGGAUUGGACAUGGAGAAGAGUUUUUUGGAGGUGUUAUGUCAAUCAACAUACUUGCUCCAAUUCUUCUUAUAAUUUUGACUGCUAUUCUUUGCCGUGGUGUCAGAGAAUCAUCUGCAGUUAACACAAUUAUGACAGUAACAAAGGUAGUCAUUGUAAUAUUUGUUAUCUUGGUUGGAGCUUUUGAGGUGGAUAUGUCAAAUUGGUCGCCAUUUGCUCCAAAUGGUUAUAAAGCUAUUGUGACUGGAGCAACAGUAGUGUUUUUUGCGUAUGUUGGAUUUGAUGCUGUUGCUAAUUCAGCUGAGGAAUCCAAAAAUCCGCAGAGGGAUUUACCCAUUGGUAUCCUUGUGAGUCUGCUGACAUGUGCUAUAUUAUACAUCGGUGUCUGCUUGGUGAUUACUGGAAUGCUGCCAUAUCAAAUGCUUGGUGAAGAUGCCCCUCUGGCUGAAGCUUUCAUUGGCAAGGGUUUAAAAUUCGUUUCUGUUUUGAUUAGCAUUGGUGCUGUUGCAGGCCUAACUACCACCCUUCUUGUUGGUUUAUAUGUCCAGUCUCGCUUGUAUCUUGGCCUUGGAAGGGAUGGUUUACUGCCAUUAAUUUUUGCAAAAGUGCACCCUACCAGGCACACUCCCAUUCAUUCACAGAUCUGGGUUGGUCUUGUUGCUUCUGUCCUGGCAGGCCUCUUCAAUGUGCAUAUACUCUCGCAUAUCCUUUCAGUUGGUUCACUGACUGGAUAUUCUGUUGUUUCUGCUUGUGUGAUAACCCUACGGUGGAAAGAUCAGAAAGCAAGUGUAAAUUCUACAAGAUGCACGCCAGAAUGGCAUGAAGGUGUUAUUUGUAUUCUUCUAGUUGCAUGUGGUGGUUUUGUUGCUGGACUCUGCUAUCGUUUUAGCAUAUCUUACAUUUUCCUGGUAAUAGCUGUACUCAUCUCAGUUCUUGCUGCAGCGGCUCUUCAAUUUCGCCAAUCUUAUGCAGAUCCCCCUGGUUUCUCUUGUCCGGGAGUUCCCCUUCUACCAGUUGUCUGCAUUUUUUUCAACAUUUUCCUGUUUGCACAGCUACAUCAAGAAGCAUGGGCAAGAUUUAUCAUCCUCAGUUUCAUAGCAGUUGGAGUUUAUGCUUUUUAUGGGCAAUAUCAUGCAAACCCAGUGGGUACAGAGUCUCCAAACUACUCAGAUGCAUACCAUAUUACCCCUUCAGAAGAAGAAGUUAUUUCUUAAUUAAAUUUCAUUAUAUGGCAAGAAGAACUCCUGCUGCUUUAGUUUACUCUACAAUUCAGCUGAAAUUUAUCAUUAUUCAUUAGGCAUCAUCUAUUGUUGUAUUCUGUAGUAUAGUGGGAAAACUUUGUUUAAUUAAUUCCUGCAUAUAUUGAUUCACAUUGUAGCCAUUCACUGUUGUAUAAAUAAAUUUAGCUUUAAUUCAGAGUCUGUUGCUGAACUUUUAAA